UAAACUUCACUUCGUAAUUUAAAAGUAUUAUUUUAUAUGUAUAUAGUUGUUUUUACAUGAUUACAAAGCUAUUGUAGUUUAAUUAUAUACAAUGUGUUUAAGUGUAAUAAUAUUUUUUCAUAUUCUUUGAAAAAGUUGUGUUAAAAUCGAGCGGGAAACGUAGUUGCGCAGAACGCGUGGGUGCUGUGAUUCCUUGGAUUUAUGUAUCAACUAUAUGUAAUAUUUAGUGUUUUAGUACGAAUGUAUCGUGUUAUUCGAAUAAAAUAUACUUCCCCCGGUUAAUGGAUAGUGAUUUGUGCAAUUUUUUAUAAUAUUUUACUUCGUAAAAACAUAAUAAGAACAAGGCAUCUGUCAAAGGACGCCAACGUUGCACCACGAUUGUGUAGUGUUUAAAUUCAAUGUCCAUUCUCGUUCGAAAUAUUUUUUGAACACGUCGACAAUUUCAGAGCAAAAUGCCACAGACGAGUUUACAUGGGAAAAAAUCACAGACUUAUUUACAAGGUGGCAAACUAGUAACACAGUCUUCAAAGCGUAAAAGAAGAGCAACAGAUAUUUCUGAAGAUUCAGAAAAUGUAUAUCCACCAAGUAAAAUACCAGCAUUAUCACAUGUAUCAUAUACAGAGUCUUGUCAUACAGUACAUCCUUUAGAAAAUUCAUGCACACAACAUCAAAUAUCUCCAUUGAAAGAACAACAAGAGCCAGCUACAUGGUCUGAAUUAAGAACUUCAACAUGUUUUCUAACACCAUCAUCUUCUAAUAAUACAUCAAAUAGACCAAGUCCUUUACCAUCAUUUCCUUGGGCUGAUGGUUCUCAAGUUUGGUCUCUUAUGUGUUUGGGAGAUCAAAAAACUAUUACUCAAAGGAAUCCACAAAUGUUUCAAAGGCAUCCAACAUUACAGCCAAGAAUGCGAGCAAUUUUGUUAGAUUGGUUGAUUGAAGUUUGUGAAGUAUACAAACUACAUAGAGAAACUUAUUAUCUUGCAAUGGAUUACAUAGACAGAUAUCUAUCUAUUCAUCAAAAUGUACCCAAAAAUCAAUUACAAUUAAUAGGCAUUACAUGUCUUUUCAUAGCUGCCAAGGUUGAAGAAAUUUAUCCACCUAAAAUAGCAGAAUUUGCUUAUGUUACUGAUGGAGCAUGCACAGAAGAAGAAAUCUUGGGAAAAGAAUUAGUGAUUUUAAAAGGUCUUGGAUGGAAUUUAUCUCCAGUAACUGCUCCUGGCUGGUUGAAUAUUUAUAUGCAAAUUGAAUCAGGCGAUUGGUCAAGACCAAAUGCAUUUAUUUAUCCACAAUAUGGAGGUUUACAAUAUUCUCAGGCAGCUCAAUUAUUAGAUUUAGCUACAUUAGAUGAAGGAAGUUUAAAAUUCCCUUAUAGUCAUAUAGCUGCAGCAGCUAUUUAUCAUACACAAGGAAGAGAAUGUGCUUUAAGAGUAUCACGCAUUCCAUGGGAGCAGCUUGCACCUUGUGUCAAAUGGCUUACUCCAUUUGCAAUGACAACUGCUGAAGAAGAUUCUCAGUGCCUUUUAAGAUCUGCAAUAACACCUGUAGAGUCUCAUUCUGGAUCUGGACUUAAAGCAACAGUGCCUAAUAUAGUAAUGGAUGAAUCACAUCGUAUACAGACUCAUGUUGUAGAUUUAAACAUGUUAGAAAAGGCACAGCAACGAUUAGUGGAUGAAAUACCUUCUACUGAUACAAAUGAAUCUGAUUCUAAUGUUGAAUCUGGUAGACAGAGUCCGAAUGAAAGUGGUCUUUUAACUCCACCUUCUAGUAGUCAAAAAAAUUCAACUACACCGUCACGUCCUCCACCACAAUUACAUCCAUAUACGUAAUCAAAUAUUUAUAAAUAUUUCAUAGUCUUUGAUUAAGCAUUUCAUUUACUAACUGCUGGUGAAUGAUUUUAAUUAAAUAUAGUAAUGUAUUAUAUAUGUUUUUCGGGAAAUAUCAUUAACUGCUUCAAACAGUUUUGCCUUUUGUAAAGAUGCACAAUGUAUUAUUAAGCUAUGGGAUUGCAUAAGUGCACGGUAAUGACAGAAUAUACUGUAUGUUAUCGUAAAUAAUAUGGUGCUUCCCAAUAUAUCAUCAUGUAAUAGUAAAACUUAUAGUACAAGAUGUUAAUCACUUUCUAUAAUAAUGUCCAUAGUGAUACUGAAUUUAUUUAAUAUUAUUUGUUUUAUUGUGAACGUUUAAAAGAAGUGCCUUGCAUAGAGGAAUGUAAACUUACAUGAAAGCCUAUGGCUAUCUUCUGUGAUUAUAUUCAUGCAGUGAAACUUGAUAAUACAUUAUAUUAAAAUUUUAGGAUAAUUACCAUUUUCAUAAAUCUAGACAAUAUUAAUGUCUGCGAAAAGUGUCCUUAAAAAUAAUAUUUUUAUUAGUACUAAGAUAAAAAAAAACAUUGUGAAUAGUAUUCUUUUAUAUAUUUUGCUUUAUUUUAACGCAACGUAUUAUAACAAUGCGUUAUUAAGCUGGGUGAAUGUAUUUUUAUGUAUAUGUAUACUGUGAAGUACUAAUAAUUAAAAAAAUAAAAAAUACAGACGAAGGGAUGAAUGCACGAGUGAAGAUAUAAAACUAUUAAUUAUUAAAAUAUGAUUAAAAAUUUCGUGAUCAAUUUACACUGCCUUGCAUAUAGAGACACGGCUGUUUAUACAUAUUUGUAUGAAAAAUUUGACAAUAAAUAUUUGUAAAUCCGAUCAUUAAUCAUAUAAUUCUUAUUAUAAAAUAAACAAAAAAUAUGAAAUUUAUUCAUUAUUUAUUUAUGAUAUAAAUUAUUAAACUUACGAUGAUCGAAUGUUGAAAUCGAUAUUAUCGACCAUAAAAAAA